AUGCGAGAGGGAGGAUACAAGAUAUCUCUCAAAUUUGUUGAUACUGAGCUAGUCGCCAACGAGCUAUGCAUUGGAGAUGUUGUCGAGCGUCAUAUUGAGGAUGGCGAUAUCGUUUUGUUUAACCGGCAGCCAUCACUGCACAAGCUAAGCAUUAUGAGUCAUUUCGUCAAGGUUCGACCUUGGAGAACGUUCCGGCUCAACGAGUGCGUUUGCAAUCCAUACAACGCCGAUUUUGACGGCGACGAGAUGAAUCUGCAUGUCCCACAAACAGAAGAAGCGCGUACUGAAGCGAUGAGUCUCAUGGGGGUAAAGCAUAACCUAAUCACUCCAAAAAGUGGUGAGCCGAUUAUUGCUGCUACUCAGGAUUUUAUUACCGCCGCGUAUCUACUUAGUUACAAGGACCGCUUCUUUGACCGGAAGGCUUUUACGACGAUUUGCAUGCAUAUGUUGGACGGACGCAAUCAGCUAGAUCUUCCGCCACCAGCAAUCAUCGUGCCAAAAACAUUAUGGACAGGCAAGCAGAUAUUCAAUGUCUUAAUGCGUCCCAACAAUCGAUCACCAGUUAUGGUCAAUCUCGAUGCUAGAUGCAAAAGCUGUGUAACCCGGCCAGGUCAGUAUCCCGACAUGGACCCUAAUGACGGCUGGCUCGUGGUGCGGAAUUCUCAAGUAAUGUGUGGCCAAAUGGAUAAGUCCACCGUAGGUCCUGGAAAAAAAGACAGCAUUUUUUACGUCAUUCUCCGAGACUAUGGUCCAGAUGAGGCUGUUAGUGCUAUGAAUCGCCUGGCGAAGCUGUGUGCGCGGUAUCUGACAAACCGAGGGUUUUCCAUCGGCGUCGGCGAUGUAUAUCCAACCGCGAGCCUCAGGAAAGAAAUCGACCAUCUAGUCUCGGCUGCAUAUAAGAAAUGCGACAACAUCAUUACGACGUUUCAGGCCGGGAGCCUAGAGAAGGCUCCUGGGUGCGACAUGGAACAAACCUUGGAGAAUUCUAUAUCCGGUGUCCUUAGCAAAGUCCGACAACAGGCCGGCGAACAUUGCAUUAACACACUGAGUCGCCAUAAUGCACCAUUAAUCAUGGCUAAGUCAGGGUCAAAGGGCUCUGAUAUCAAUGUGGCUCAGAUGGUUUCUCUUGUUGGCCAACAGAUUAUCGGCGGUCAACGCGUGCCUGACGGCUUCCAGGAUCGAAGCCUGCCGCACUUUCAUAAGAAUGCUCGUCAGCCUUCCUCUAAGGGAUUUGUGAAAAACAGCUUCUAUUCCGCGCUUCUGCCUACUGAAUUUUUAUUUCACUCCAUCUCGGGCCGCGAGGGACUAGUUGACACGGCGGUGAAAACCGCAGAGACGGGAUACAUGUCACGGAGGCUCAUGAAGUCUCUAGAAGAUCUCUCGGUCAAGUAUGAUAAUACCGUUCGGACAUCCGGAGGCAAUAUUGUACAAUUUCAGUUUGGCGCGGAUAACCUUGAUCCCGCGGAUAUGGAGGGCGCCGGUACACCAGUCCAAUUCCACCGGACCUGGACUCACGCUGAAAGUCUCACUCGAGAUGAUGACGAACCUUCCUUGAUGCCGCACGAGAUUGGUGUAAUCUGCGAUUCUGUGCUAGAGCCAUAUCGUGGCCGCUAUGUACGUAAAGGCCUGCUGCAUAAUGAAGAAUUGAAUUAUGAAGACGACAGUGACUACGCCAUUGACGAGCAUGAAAGCGGGCGAAGAUUCCUCAAAUCAAUAAAAAGCUACAUUGAUGGCUUAGCCUCCAGAUUGCGCAAAGUGCGCACAAUAGCCGGUUACCAAGGCAAUACACCAAUCAGGGAAACGGCUCAAGAUCACGUCGAUAGAACGGCCAAGGUGGCAGCGACAACCCUCAGGCUCUUCAUCAGACUUUGCCUGGACAAGUUUACCAAGGCUCAUGUCGAGCCUGGUCAUCCAGUUGGCGCUGUUGGUGCUCAAUCAAUCGGCGAGCCGGGAACCCAGAUGACAUUGAAGACGUUUCAUUUCGCCGGCGUGGCUGGGAUGAGCAUUACCCAGGGCGUGCCCCGAAUUAAUGAGAUUAUUAAUGCGUCGAAAGCUAUCAGCACCCCGGUCAUCACCUGCCCCCUACUAAAUAAGUGGCAGAUUGAGGCGGCAAAGGUUGUCAAAGCACGCAUUGAGAAGACAUAUAUAUCCGAUAUCCUUUGCUUUAUCGAGGUUGAGUGGGAUUCCAAAAGUGGUCAUAUUGUGAUGCAAGUCGAUACCGACACGCUUGCAAAUAUGCAAGCGGGAGUGUGUGUCUUUGAUGUAGCACAAGCGAUUUGCGAUCAACGAAAGCUAAAGGUCCGGCCGGAGGAUAUUUCCGUUGAUAAGGACAUGAUCUUUGUUCGUAUCAGGGAAACCGACGAUUUGCCACCACGAAGCAAAACCAAGUCAGCUGCAGAAGAGUCUAGAGACAUGAUGCUCAGGGCCAACUUUCUUCGUCGGACACUUCCGUCCGUACCCAUCUCUGGCUACCCAGAAGCAACACGAGCCUUGAUCGAGACCACCGAGGAAAACACGUAUAGGGUCUUGGUGGAGGGCUAUGGCCUUCGCGGGUGCAUGGCCACAGAAGGUGUUGUCGGGACGCAGGUCCGGACGAACAGCGUGAUGGAAUGCGUGCAGAUCCUGGGCAUUGAGGCGGCCAGGACAACGAUUGCGAACGAAAUUGCCGAGGUGAUGGGGUAUAUGGGCAUUGAUCUGCGACAUAUGCAGUUGCUAGCUGACGUGAUGACUUACAAGGGCGAGGUUCUUGGCAUCACACGGUUUGGCUUGUCGAAAACGAGAGGAAGCGUGCUACACUUGGCAUCAUUUGAGAAAACAGCCGAUCACUUGUUUGAUGCGGUCGCAGGCAUGAAAACAGAUCGCAUUGAGGGAGUCUCGGAGUCCAUUAUCUUGGGGCAAACGAUAAGUGUUGGAACAGGUGGGUUCGAAGUUGUUCGCUACCUGGGCAUUCGGCCAGGCCAUCUUUGUCAGAAACCAACCCUUUUUGAAGAUUCCUGGAGGGCGGAACAAAAACGGAGGAGUAACCGUUCGGUUGCCCCGUUACUACAAGGUUGA